UCCCGAGUAUGAGCCUCCAAGGGGGCGGAGAGACAGACAUUCACAGUCCCGAAGAAGAGUUGAGAAUGUGAGAGCCGAGCCGAGCCGAGCCUCCACGCGGAGGACACUUUGCGACCUUGUGCUCGUCUUGUGGCAUCCUCGAGGAGCUCACACUUUCGACGAGGAGGGAGCCAGCGAUGUUUAGGCAAGCCAACAAGGUGCUCGGACGUGUGCCGCUCAGCUACAUCGAGUAAACCGGAGCGACGUUUUUUUUAAAUUUUAUUUUGUAUUUUUCUUGGGUUGGGAGGGUAAAACCUUCCGACGAGGCGGCUCUCGCGCACGGAUGUAGACGCCCUGAGCUGUUUCUGCUGCUUCUGCUUUGGCUGGAAGUUGGCGGGCAUGCAGGUGAAGAAGCAGCGAGGGUCGAACCAGAGCGGCGGGGACAACAUGCCGCAAGUGGACGACCCCCGCAAGAAGUCGUCCUGCUUCUCAAAUAUCAAGAUAUUCCUAAUUUCGGAAUGUGCUCUCAUGUUGGCGCAGGGGACCGUCGGAGCGUACCUGGUGAGCGUGCUGACCACGCUGGAGCGACGUUUCAACCUGCAAAGCGCUGACGUGGGCGUGAUCGCCAGCAGCUUUGAAAUUGGCAACCUGGCGCUCAUCCUCUUCGUCAGCUACUUUGGCGCCAAGGCCCAUCGGCCCCGUCUGAUCGGCUGCGGCGGCAUCAUCAUGGCGCUGGGCGCCCUCCUCUCGGCCCUGCCCGAGUUUCUGACCAAACGGUACGAGAUUGGCGACACGUGGAGGACGGACGUGGGACGUGACGUGUGCUCCAACGCCAGCGGCAAGGACGUCCAGAUGGCUGAGGACGCCGUGUGCGCAAACAGGACCAACACCAACAUGAUGUACCUGCUGCUGAUCGGCGCUCAGGUGCUGCUCGGCAUUGGCACCACGCCGGUGCAGCCCCUGGGCGUGUCCUACAUCGACGACCACGUCAAGAAGAAAGACUCGUCUCUCUACAUAGGAAUCCUCUUUUCCACACUGGUCUUCGGGCCCGCCUGCGGCUUCAUCCUGGGCUCCGUCUGCACCAAAUUCUACGUGGAUGCCAUCUUCAUCGACACAGAAAAGCUGGGCAUCACCCCGGAAGACCCGCGCUGGAUCGGCGCCUGGUGGGCGGGCUUUCUCCUGUGCGGUGCCUUACUCUUCUGCUCGGCACUGCUGAUGUUCGGCUUCCCCCAGUCGCUGCCCACCAAGGAGCGGGACGAGGCCGCCGACGGCGAGCGGGCCAUUCUGGCCCCGGCUCCUCUGUCUCCCGGCGCCGACGUCCCCAAGACCAGCAAUGGUGCCGCCGGCGACAGUCGGCCGUCCGACAGCCCCACCUGCUGCCAGCAACUCCGGGUGAUCCCCAAGGUGACCAAACACCUGCUGUCCAACCCGGUCUUCACCUGCAUCAUCCUGGCCGCCUGCAUGGAAAUCGCCGUGGUGGCCGGCUUUGCCGCCUUUUUGGGCAAAUACUUGGAGCAGCAGUUCAACCUCACCACCACCUCGGCUAACCAGCUGCUAGGUAUGACGGCCAUCCCGUGCGCCUGCCUGGGCAUCUUCAUGGGAGGCCUGCUGGUGAAGAAGCUCAACCUGUCGGCGCUGGGCGCCAUCCGCAUGGCCAUGCUGGUCAACCUGGUCUCCACCGCCUGCUACGUCUCCUUCCUCUUCCUGGGCUGUGACACGGGCGCCGUGGCCGGCGUCACCGUCAUGUACGGCAACAACACGCUGCAGGUGGGCAAGAAGCCAGAAGCGGCGUGCAUCAGUCAGUGCAACUGUUUCACGUCGUCCAUCAGCCCUGUGUGCGGCUCCGACGGCGUCACCUACCUGUCGGCCUGCUUCGCCGGAUGCACGCGCAACCAAGAUCAGAACCUGAGCGGCUGCGCCUGCGUCUCCUCCGACAGCGAGCUGGCCACGGCGGUCGCGGGCAAAUGUCCGACAGCUGGCUGCCAGGAGACCUUCCUGGUCUUCCUGUGCAUCAUCUGUGUGUGCAGCCUGGUUGGCGCCAUGGCCCAGACGCCCUCCGUCAUCGUCCUCAUCAGGACCGUCACUCCCGAGCUCAAGUCCUACGCGCUUGGCGUCUUGUUCCUUUUGCUGCGACUCUUAGGCUUCAUCCCGCCUCCCCUGAUCUUCGGGGCGGCCAUCGACUCCACGUGCCUGUUCUGGAGCUCGGACUGCGGCGACAAAGGCGCGUGCCUGCUGUACGACAACCUGUCGUAUCGCCGCCUCUACGUGAGCCUGGCCAUCGUCCUGAAGGUGGUGGCCUUCCUCCUGUACGCCACCACCUGGUACUGCCUGCGCCGCAACUACAACACCUACAUCAAGAGCCACGAGGCCAACAUGGCGCCCGGCGACUUCUACCCGUCCCUCUCGGAGGCUCCCAAAGUGGACCGGACGCAGUUCAUAUACAACCUGGGGGACCACGAGUAUUGCGAAAACAUGGAGUCCGUUUUAUAGGCUCUGGCUUUUGGCUGAGGAACUUGAUCGCCCCUUGCCGUAUAUCACGGCCACUGACAUGGUCAUCCUCAACGGGCAAGGGGUCAUUUUUGCUGGUGUGACUGACGCUCGCUCAGUGGACAUCCAAGCUAGGUUUCAUGGCGAGUUUCCAUGAGAAGAUAAAGUGGAAGAUUUUUGUCGGUCUAUUUAUUUUUCUUUCCUGCCGUCAUUCACUGAAAACGUCAGCCGUUUUAUUCUGGCGCCACCUGGUGGCAUUUGACUUGAGCCCGACUGUCGUAAAACCUACCAAAGGUUUGUAGUCACCACAAAGCUGGUGUUUUGCCGCCCUCUUGUGGCACAUUUAGGCAAUUGCAACCCUUUUUUGUGACUGCCUCUCCAUGAAUGCAGAUCAAUAGAACUAAUUUGGAUAAAUCCUCGGUUUAUUCCUGCAAAUUCACAUGACGAGCGUUCAACGUUAAGAAUUCCUGAAAUCUUGCAAACCUCAUUUGAAAUAUAAGAAUAAUGUAGAUUACUUUUUUAAGAUGCAAUGCACUUGCUUUCUACGGACCCGUGCAAUAAAGUUUACAAGUAUAUAUUUGAAAUGUUCAAAGAAUAAAUUUAAACUAUUUCAGCCACUAAUUUGAAAUAGUAAUCCAAGUUGAAAAAUUUACAAGAAUAAGGUUAAAAUGUUGCUCGGCAAGAUAAAAUAAAAUAUUGCAAGAUUAAAUCUGGAAUUUUCCAAGAAUGCUUUUGAAAACUUUUAGAAUAAAUUUGAAAGAUGACUUUUAUGUAA